AAGUGGACAAAUCGUGGAAUACGCUACCAACCGGCCUUGGGGAUUGGUUGGGGGAUGAAAGAGCAUUAAAAGCGACGCCGAAAGAAAGCUCCGUUUGCCGUUGAAAAAAAAUAAAAGGCGCUCUCAUGCAUUCAUGGCACCUCCGCCACUCUCUCCACCGCCACCGCCACCGCCACCGCAACCGCAACCGCCACCGCCGCUGCCCCCUCUUUAUUACUCCAUUUACUAACCAACCAGCCACCUCCACACAAUACGGGACCCUGUACAUCUCUCUCUCUCUCUCUCUUUCUCUCUCUCUCUCUCUCUCUAAAAUGACACAGCAUAACCACCACCAAGAUCUCCCCCCAUCCACCCUGAAACACCGCCGCCGGGGCUGGCUGAUCGCCGUCUGGGUCAUUCUCAUCCUGAUCUUUCUCCUCUUCGUCGUCGCACUGAUCUUGGCCCUGACCCUCUUCAAGUUCAAGGAACCCAGAACCAGCCUCAUCUCCGCCACCGUCGAUGGCGUCGCGCCUCGCGUCACGCUGCCGUCCAUCCGCUUCGAGCUCAACCUAACUCUGAUCCUCGAGGUGCUCGUGGAGAACAGCAACCGCGCGAGCUUCCGGGGCGGCGUCGGUAAGAGCGUCGUCCUCUACGGUGGCGCCCCGGUGGGCGAGGCCGAUCUGUCCCCGGGCCUCAUCCCGGCGAGGGGAUCUGCCGCCGUGACCUGCCGGCUGACGGUGGAGGUGGACAGGCUCGCCUCCAAUAUUUCUUCCCUGAUUAAGGACGUGCUCGCGGGCGAGGUCCCCGUAGAAGUGCGCACGAGGGUUCCUGGCAGGGUGUCGCUUCUUGGGAUCUUUAAGAAACACGUCGUCGCUCUGUCGGACUGCCGACUGGUCGUCGGGUUUCCGGAGAUGAAGAUCCGCCGGCAGGAUUGCGAGCACGAGACCAAGUUUUGAGGCUUGAGAGGAAUGAUUGCUACACUUUUUUAUGUGUUUGGAUUUAAAAUUUUUAUGUGAAAUUAAUUGUCUUCUGAGAAUACUUUUUAGUUAGUUAUGGGGAGGCGUUAUAUUAUUGUAUCACAUAUGUACAGAAAUCUUAAAAGAGACAGUAAUCUUCUUUCAGCA